ACAAUGGCACACCCAGUUACUAUGACGACUGGAGUGUAUUUGACACAGACAUCUCUUGGGCUAAGCAAACAUGUAUAAGGUGGACUUGCUCCCAGAUCCAAAACAAAUUGCCGCCAUUGAGCGAAGGAGGAACCAAGAGCAGCAAAGACAAAGCCGGAUAUUUAAUGCCAAAUGCCGAACCAUUGGGGUCGAUGUACAGAAACUAGACAAACAGGUGCAGGAGCUGAAGUUGAGAGAAAGUACAGAGAAAGCUAGCAAUGAGGCAUAUGAUGCUGAAAGGCUGCUGAAUGAUAAAAUAGCCCAAAUGCUGGAGCAGAGGCAGGAGCAGUUGGCACACAGCCUAGAGAAAGAUGUGCAAGAAUUCAGGGACCAACAUCAGCAACCUCAUACCCGCAGGGAGUUUGACCUCUAUGACCCUGAAGCCCUGAAGAAGGACCAACCUGCCCGAGUGGGGGAUGAAGACCCAAGGUGUGGGCCGGCCAGCUUGCAGAAAUUGGCUGGAGAAGAUCUGAAUGAGAAGGAGCGGAAAAAGAUGCAGAUGGACCUGACCAAGAAAUGGCUCUCAGAGCAGAUAGAAGAGAGGCAGAGAAUCCAGCACCAGGCAAAAUAUGCAGACAACUUAUAUGACAGGAAGAGGGUAGAACUGGAUGAAAGAGCUCUGCAUCUGAGCACUAUGGAAGAAGAAUGCAGGAAGGCUAUUAGUCUGGCCACCAAAAACUACAAUGAGGCACUGGGACUGGAAGCAUCAGAGGGCAAAAGGCUGAGGAAACAACAGGAACAAGAUGAUAAUUUUGCAGAGAUCUAUAACCACCUCACAGGAGAUAUUUUAACAGAGGACCCUGCUGCUGCCUCCAGUAGUUAUGGACCCCACCGUGUUAUACCUGAUCGCUGGAAGGGAAUGAGCCCCGAGCAGCUCCAAGCUAUACGAGAGACCCAGGAACAACAACGCCAGGAGAAACACAGGUUGAAAGAGCAGGAGAAGCAACUAGAGGCCGAGUGGGACCAGCAGAGGUUUUUGGCAGCCCGGGCAGCAAUGACACUGGAACAGCAAGAACAGGAAAUGAAUAAAGAGCUGAGGAAGAGACUGGAUUUAUAUAACCAGCAGCUGAGCAAAGAGCAGAAAGCACACCUGGAAUACCUGGAGAAGGAAGUAUAUACUAACAACCCCACUGCCCACUUCUUCACUCAGUUUAACACUACCAGUCGCUGACUGUUUGGGACCUUGCCAAGGUGCAGACUUCUGCCUCCAUUCUGACCACGCUGAUGCACCGACCUGGGACCUGGGUCUAUACUUUGCUGUGCUUGUGCCUUUAACAGAUCAAUAAAGUAGAGAUAUUUGGAAAAAAAAA